CCCGGAAGGUGUUUGUUAAACCGGAUGUACAGACCUGUCAAUGUGACUUACCUUUGGCUAGCGGUGUUAUGCUCUAAUACUGUCUCCUGGUCGUGCUUUGUAGUCCUACAAAAUGUUCCUCACCACGGUUAAUUUGGCCAAGGCGAAAUCAAAGACUGUCCUGGUGCAGAUGAUGAGCGCUGCUGGGACAGGCUACUUCUUCAACACAAAGAGGAACCGUCUCAGAGACAAACUGGUGCUGCGCAAACACGAUCCAUUUGUGAACAAGCACGUCCUAUUCUUCGAGAAGAGGAAGAUCAGAUCGAUUUAACAGUGCAGCGACACACAUGGACAACAUAAACCUCUGGUUUAAACAGACUUAUUUUUAUUGUUGUGGAUUAUACAAGAUGUUUCAUCAGUUCUGUUUCACUUGCUGACACGUUUUCAGAGGAUUUCCUUUUUCUUGGAUCUGCUAAAGAGGUGUCCCACCGCAGCAGUUUGGUAUGCAAAUCCGCGACCAGACUCCACGAAAGUUUCAGUUACCAGCAAAAACGGGCUACCACAUCUGAUUUGAAUGAAAGCUCAUGGAAGCCAUAGAAUAACAUGUUGAAGUUGAAUUGUUCUAUAUAGCAUCAGUGAUUAUGACUCAAGUGUUAUACAACUUUAUAUGUAAUGAAACCAUUUGGGGUGAUUAAAUAAAGUCAAUUAUGUGCCGUACAAG